GACACUCAGGCCUAGUCCACACGUAGCCGGGUUUUUAAAAAAACGAAUAUCCGCCCCUCCAAAAACUUGCAUCCACACCACCUCGUUUUAAAAAAUAACUGUCCACACGUACCCGGAUAAAUACGUUGUUAAGGACAUGCCAGACCUGUAGGCGGCAGUACUUCCCCCGUUCUUAACCUCGUCCUUCGUCUGUGGUCUUCCGCAAGGAGCAGGAAUUCCGCGUGCAAAAACAAACAAGCAGAAAGCGCUUGGACAAUUGAUAAAGCGAGCGCAGCUCUGAGGGCGUCCAUGCUGUCGGCUAGUGUAAACACAGGUCGCACACGUGAUGUCAGCAUUUUUUUGUCGCGGAAAGUGACGUUGCGGACCUUAAAACUCCGGUUUUGUCUGUCCACACGCAGACACCCAAAACGGAGAAAACGCAGAUCUUCACUUUGGCCGGAGUUUUUAAAAAGAUCUGUUUUCGUGUGAAAAAACUCCGUUUUCGUGUGGAUGACAGGCCAAAACGUAGAAAAAUAUCUACGUUUUGGCAGAUCCCCGGCUACGUGUGGACAGGGCCUGAGACCUCAAGGCCUUCGGUAAUCAGCUGUUUCUACUCACACACUAAAAAAAAGGUGAAUUUACACAGCCAAGUACUUUUAACUAGUAAAUCAAUUUGCUUAAAUCUAAACAGUAAUAUACAUUUAAGCAGCUGGGGUUUGUUGAACCAGUUGACAUAACUUGGAUAAGUAAAUCCAACAUUUAAUUUUUAGAGUGUAUUACGAGUGAGUCGUCCUAAUCCUUCAGUUUCUCUGUGAACCUGCACAGACCAGGUAACAGAACCAGAUGAUGGAUCCUACUGAACCGUUUUCUGAGUAUUUUGUUUUGUUCUUGGCUGAAACGCUGAAGCUCGGCCUGACUGGGCGAGUCUCAUCAGUCCAGGUCUAAAUGGUUCAUUCGAAACCAGAUCAGCAGCUAUCAAAGGAAACCAUUGAAGUGACUGAAAAAUGACUUUCUAUUCCUUCUAAGCAACUUUCUAAUUUUGUUUUCAGUUACUCGUCAUUCUCUGUGAGUUUCAGAACAAAUCUACUCGUGUAAUUCUAGAUUCUCUCCAGCUCCGUCGACGUUCCCAUGCUGACUCAACAUCCCUGAAAUACGAUGCGUUCGCUGUCCGCCUCCUCCAUCUUCAGCAUGGCUGCAACAGAAAACCCUCCUCUGUAUCUGUGGGAAUUCUGUGCGUCCACUAGCUUUCCUUCUGCUCACCGCUUCCCUCUGCAUUUGAGGGGAGCCUCUGCUCGGUCCUCCCCCAGCUCAAAACACACACACACACACCCGCUUUCUCUCUCUGUCUUUGCCCUGACACACACACACUUUCAGGACUCCCCUGUGAGCACGGCAGGCAGGUAAACUCAGCACUGGAUGAGAGUGAGAUGCUGAGAGGAAGGAAAGAGGAAGAGAGAGAGUGUGUGUGUGUGUGUGUGUUUCCUAUAUGAAUUUGUGUGUGCGCUGCUGCUGCAUCGCUGAGCUAGAGACCAGAGGCGAGGAGAGCUGGAGUGUUUGUCCUUGAGACUGACUGACUGCAGCUGUAGAGCAGAGGACUGACCAACCAGCUUCAGUGGAUGAAACUGACGAAACCCAGGCAGGAUGUCCGUCAGGGGCCUGGACCCCACCUGUCCCUCUUCUAUAAAGCGCGAGCCCUCCAGCCCCAGCUCCCAGGGUGACGUCAGCCCGGCCCAGCCCAGUCCAGGAAGCUCCUCGUCGGACACAAACUCCAGCUACGGUCCUCUGACCAAAGGCCUCAAUCCGAGCACCGGUCUGGACUCACCGGGCCUCUGUGGCCACACGGCAGGGUUAGCCAACAAUGGAGGAGCUAACAGGAGGUUUGGGGAGGAAGACGGCCAAGUGAAGUGUGAGUUCAUGCUGGGCUCGGUGGCGAAGCGACUGUGUCUGGUGUGUGGCGACGUGGCCUCGGGUUACCACUACGGCGUGGCUUCCUGUGAGGCUUGCAAAGCCUUCUUCAAGAGGACCAUCCAGGGUAACAUCGAGUACAGCUGUCCAGCAUCCAAUGAAUGUGAAAUCACCAAGAGGAGGAGAAAGUCCUGCCAGGCCUGUCGGUUUGUCAAGUGUCUGGCGGUGGGCAUGUUGAGAGAAGGCGUGCGUCUGGACCGGGUCCGAGGUGGCAGGCAGAAGUACAAGAGGAGAAUAGAUGCGGAGAACAGCUCGUACCUCCACUCUCAGAACUACUUACCUCAGAAAAAAACACCUUCUGUAGGUGGUGCAGCGGAGAACAAGGUGAUAUCUCUGCUGCUAGUCGCCGAGCCAGAGGGCAUCUUCGCCAUGCCGGACCCGACAGUACCCGAGAGUGACAUCAAGGCUCUGACCACGCUGUGCGACCUCGCCGACAGAGAGCUGGUGGUCAACAUCGGCUGGGCCAAACACAUCCCCGGCUUCCCCUCGCUGUCUUUAGCAGACCAGAUGAGUCUCCUGCAGAGCGGCUGGAUGGAGAUUCUCAUCCUCCGAGUGGUGUUCCGCUCGCUGGCCUUAGAGGACAAGCUGGUGUACGCGGAGGACUACAUCAUGGACGAGGAGCAGUCCAAGCUGGCGGGGCUCUUUGACCUCAACAACGCCAUCCUGCAGCUGGUGAAGAAGUACAAAAGCAUGAGCCUGGAAAAGGAGGAGUUUGUGGUCCUUAAAGCUAUUGCUCUUGCAAACUCAGGUACUAAGAUUACAUUUUAUUUUCCAUUUUUCUCAAGUUUAACAUAUUAUAGUGUUUUUCUAAGUCCAUCUCUGGAUCCUUUAGACUCCAUGCAAAUCGAGGACUCAGAGGGAGUCCAGAGGCUCCAGGACGUCCUACACGGAUCCCUGCAGGAUUACGAGACCGCCCACCACCCGGAGGAUUCCCGGCGUGCAGGAAAACUGAUCAUGACCCUCCCUCUCCUGCGUCAGACGGCCGCCCGAGCCGUGCAGCACUUCUGCAGUAUCAAACAGGACGGCCGCGUGCCCAUGCACAAACUAUUCCUCGAACUCCUCGAGGCAAAAGCCUGAAAGGGAACAGAGAUUUCUUUGUUGGCUGCGUCACGACCUGAGAGGUCAACAUACGAGGAAGCGGAGGGGGUUAUGGGUAAUACUGUGGCUGUGACUCUGUGUAUCGGUCCACUUUUAGUUCGAUUUUGACAAAUAAAAGUCUUGAAUUUGCCGUCUCUGGGAGCAUAUCGCCUGGAGGACUCUUAAGAGAUGAGGCCCCGCCUACUUCCUGUGAGUUUAAACCAGGAAAAUAAAAGCUUCUGACAGACAGUUUAAGAGGAAGAGCCGCCUUCUACAGAUAUUUAGUUACAUGCCAAACAGGAUUUCAUUUUUCAUAAGAAAAACACCUGAUACUUGAAGAUCCCUGCGGAUGAAGCCUGUAAAAUCUGCAUUCUAGUGUGUAAACAUAAACUGUUAGUCUUGCCAAAGAGUAGAAACCGAUAUUAAGAUGAAAUUAUACCAGCAGACGUUUAAACUCUGAUUGUGUGUUACAUCUACUCUGUAUUUAUUAAAGGAGGCGAUCAGCGUCUAACCUCCUGCUUCUAACACACUAUUUCAGGGAAAGAGGACUUAACGUUAUGAUGAAACUCAGCUAAGACUAUUUAUUUAAACGUGGCUCUGCUCAGCUGGCCUCUUUUGUGUUUAAAUGCGUUGGAUUCUUUUUUUUAUUUUAAAUAUUUGUAAGUGAUGUGAGAUAUGUUUCCAGCUUCUCUGCUCCAGCACCACCGUGUGGAAGAUGGCGUACACGUGGAGGAUCACUUCGCUGUAGAAAAUGACUUUUAUGUAAGUCCUGAACAACAGAGGGCGCUCCGUGUGUUUUCUGUCAUAGCGUUCAAUGUGUAGGAUCAAAUUUGUGCACUAAUUAUUUUCUUCUAGCCAUAAAGUUUUGGGGACUCCGGUGACGGC